AUGUGUGCUUUCCCAGUCUACACUGCUCAGGCUCCAGAUUGCUCGCAGGGCAACUGUCUACGGUGGGCCCUGGGUUGCAUGCACUUCCCAGGGCUAAGCCGCUCAGGUUCGGGUUCUCGGGUACUCCACAAAGACACAGACUCGGUCGGGCCUGCGCUUUCUGCCCUUCCCAGGUCCGAGCAGCUCAGGGACCAGGUGCUUGGCGAGCGCACACUCCCCAGGUGGGCGGUGCGUCUUAUCACCUUCCCCGCCCCAGCCACUCGGUUUCCUGGGUGCGCAGUGGGGGCACUGUCUCAGGUGUGCCGUGUGUCUCCUCUGGGGGGCUGA